UGGUUGGGGCGGGAAAUGUCACUCCCAGCAUGCCCCGCUGUCAUGCGCCGGCUGCUACCCCAGCCGGGCUGAUUGAGGGGUUGGGCUCCGGUAAGAUGGCGAUCUUCAGUGUGUAUGUGGUGAACAAGGCGGGCGGGCUCAUCUACCAGCUGGACAACCAGAACCCGCGCUCUGAGACGGAGAAGACGUUUAGCUAUCCCCUGGACCUGGUGCUCAAGGUGCACGACGAGCGGGUGCUGGUCUCCUUUGGCCAGCGGGACGGCAUCCGGGUUGGACACUCCGUGCUUUCCAUUAAUGGGAUUGAUGUGAAUGGCAGAAACACAGCAGAUGGAAAAGAGAUUGUGGAAUUCUGUGGGAACCCCUCCAACUAUCCCCUUUCCAUCCGGUUUGGUCGUCCCCGUCUGAGUUCCAAUGAGAAGCUCAUGCUGGCCUCCAUGUUUCACUCAUUAUUUGCUAUUGGAUCUCAGCUCUCCCCAGAACCGGGAAGUUCUGGCAUUGAAAUGCUGGAGACGGACACUUUCAAGCUGCACUGUUUUCAGACUCUGACAGGUAUAAAGUUCAUGGUAUUGUCAGACCCACGCCAGGCUGGCAUAGAUUCCUUACUACGCAAGAUCUAUGAACUGUAUUCUGACUACGCUCUGAAGAACCCAUUUUACUCCCUGGAAAUGCCAAUUAGGUGUGAACUCUUUGACCAAAACUUAAAGUCUGCUCUGGAGAUAGCAGAGAAAGCUGGAACGUUCGGCCCCAGCUCCUAGUCUUCUAUGAAAUCCAGUAUAUCUAUAGUAAAGGCUCACCAGAUGAGGGUGCUCUUCUGUGGGAACAUGAAUGGAAGCCGCUGCUGUCCUCACACUCGGCUCACCUCUCCCUCUCUCUUUGGCGGAAAUUCAGUUGUUUCUCCCCGUGGCCACCACUAGAUGGCGCACAAAGGAGCAAUUCAAUUGUUGCUCCAUUCGGGCGUGCCGUGCAGCGGGAAGACUUAUUUCAGCUCGCUGCCCCCCCAUGCUGGCGAGCUGAAAUGUGCAAUAAGUGACCCAUUUGGGAUGGCUAAGUGGCACUUUUAGUGAUUGCGUCCAUUAGUUUAGUCAGCUAAACCCGACACUAAUGGCACGAUAAUGGGCAUCAAUUGAAUAUUGCCCCUGCAAUCUCCCGUCAAUUUAGAUGGAAGAUCGGGCGGCGAUAUCAAUUGUAUGCUCCCCUUUAAGAGUAAUAAUUUGUGUUUUCUCCAUUGUAUAUAUUGUAAAAUUAGUAACUUAUAUUCCAUGUUUGAUAUUAAGCAAAUGUGGAAGGUGAUAAAGCAGGUUUUCUCUGGCAUGGUGUCCGCAACCUAAUUAAGCAAUCGCAUCUUCCAAAGCCUGAUAUAAUUGAGGGGUUGGGAGACCGCCGGCCACAUUACACCAGGAUACCGAAUGCAGAAUAGCCCGCCGGUUGGCAUGCCAACCAACAGGGACUGCUCCCACUCCUGGGUGUCCACGACAACCUGGGGGGGUCAACGAUCCUUCCUGGUGAUGAAACAUGAUUUGUAAUUACUGUGUUGCAGCUGAACAGAGGAACAAAUUGUACUCGCUCCAUUCUUCCGUGAGCUACCAACAUAACUAUGUCCAUCCAAUUAUCUAGGUUCAAUAUAGAUACAAAUCUUUAUUUGAAAGUUCACAGCGCAUUGGAAGCAAGUUACAAAGUGUAUACAGAUCAAGGCUCUGCAUAUUAUAUUUGUAUUGCAGUAGUCACAGUAUCAAUGAAAACCACCAAACAAUUGCACUGCGCGUGUUCUCUAGUGGGAAGCCCCGCUCAGCCUGAGCUGCACGUUUGGGCUCCCCAUAAAACAAAUCCAUGAUCACCUGGUGCCAGACAAGUUUUUCUGUAACCGUGGAAGAACAUUCUGUAUUGCUAGCUUGCUGUAUUUAAAUAAUUUAAUUUGUUUGGCUCUCUGUAAUCCUGUUAAAUAAAAAGGCCAAACGUUGAA